AUGAAUACAUUUAUCACAGAGGUGACGGGAUUGGCAUUCUCUGAAGAUGGAAGCUUCUUUAUCGCCGUGGGCAACCGAUGCGUCAAGUUCUACUACCUCAUGGGCAAGAGUAGGACAAGACAGAUCCAAGCAUUGCCAGGAAGAUCAGGCAUCCUUGGUGAGCAGAGGAACAACUUUUUUGUCAGUGUAGCCUGCGGGAAGGGAGAGAAUAGCGACAAAGUUUAUGCCAUCACACGGUCAGGGUUCCUCUGUGAACUUAAUAGCAAGAGACUUCUUGAUAAGUGGGUCGAAUUGAGAACAACCGGUGCUCAUUCCAUAACUGCUGAUGAGGAAUUUAUCUUUGUUGCUUGUGAUGGUGGAAUCAUUCGUCUAUUCAAUGCCUCUACACUCCACUUCAUUGCUACGCUUCCUAAACCUCACUAUCUUGGUGUUAACGUUAGUGCUGGGAUUGAUGCUAGUCACAUGUCAAGUCAUCGAGACAAUGCCCAGUACCCAGAUGCUUUAGCUCUCAUGUUUGAUAGUGUAAAUAAAAAGCUUACAUGUGUAUACAACGACCACAGCCUCUACAUCUGGGACAUCCAUGAUGUGAAGAAGAUCGGCAAGCAGUAUUCCUUCCUCUACCACUCGGCUUGCAUCUUUGGGGUGGAGACGUACCCGGAGCUGAGCGAUGGAAGCAGAGCAGCCCUCCCUGCCGGCUCCUUCUUCACCUGCUCCUCAGAUGGGACGAUCAGGAUCUGGAACAUGGAUCCCACCAUGAACACCACCGUCCUCAAAAGAAAUAUAUACAGCCAUGAAUUAUUAAAGGUGCUCUAUGUUGGUGAGGAUUCCUUAGAGAAUCUACAAGACAGGGACAUCCACACCUCAGCACAAGGGGAUAAGACAGACAUGGAGAAGGGCAAGACUGGGAUCAGAUGUAUGAGGGUCAGCCCUGAUGGACAGAUGCUUGCUUCAGGUGACAGAUCUGGUAAUGUAAGAGUCCAUGACCUGCAGUUUUGGGAUCAGCUUCAUGAGAUAGAAGCUCAUGAUUCUGAGGUUCUCUGUUUGGAAUACACACAACCAAACACUGGGUAUAAUCUUCUAGCCUCAGCAAGUAGAGACAGACUGAUUCAUGUAUUUGACAUGGACAAGAAUUGUUCCUUGGUGCAAACAUUAGAUGACCAUUCGUCUUCUAUUACAUCGGUCAAGUUCAAUCGACAUGGAGAGCAGCUACAGAUGAUCAGCUGUGGAGCAGACAAGGCCCUCAUGUUCAGGAUAGCAGUGUAUAAUCCUGAUCUUCAGUUUGUCCGCAACCACCAUGUAGUCAACAAGACAACGCUCUAUGAUCUAGCCAUUGACACAACACAGAAGUACAUCACUACAGCAUGCCAAGACAGGAAUCUCAGGAUAUACAAUAUAACAAGUGGGAAGCUGAAGAGAACUUACAAGGGAGCCCAGAGUGAUGAGGGAACCUUGAUCAGGGUGGAGCUGGACCCGUCUGGGAUCUAUGCAGCAACCAGCUGUUCAGACAAGAGUCUAAGCAUCUAUGACUUCUACUCUGGGGAGUGUGUGGCUACCAUGAUGGGUCAUUCAGAGUUGGUAACAGGAAUCAAGUUUACCAGUGAUUGUAAGCAGCUGAUAUCGGUGGCUGGUGAUGGUUGUAUUUUUAUUUGGAAGCUACCGUGGGAGCUCACUCAUAAUAUGAAGGAGAGAUUGAAAGAGAUGGGAGAGAAAGUUAUUGAACCACCGCCAGAAUACAACAUGCUCAGAAGAGGGACUUACGUUGUUCCUCCUGAGCUUCCCCCUGAGCCCAAGGCCCGUGUGAUCAGUGCUUGGCAGACCAAACCAGCUGUAGCAGCUGAAUUCCAGCCAGCCAUGCAGUCCAGGCCAGAUACAGAGGAUGAGACUGAUGAUAGAGAACCGGAUGAAGAUUCCACUCCUGAAGAGUGUAACUUUGAGACUGGUCUCCUACCACUUUGGGCCCAGAAGCAAGUCAAAGCCGGUGAAGACAUACCAGAUGUACCAAGCCCUACCAAGUACAGCAGCCCUACCCAUCCCAGAGGGAGGUGGGCCCAGAACAUCAACAGCGGUGGUAUAAAGGUCAAGUCACAGAUGGAAGAGCUGAACCAAAGCAUUGAGCUUAGACUGGAAGACUGCUUGGAUCGACGGCGAUAUACAGUGGAGCCCGAUGUCCUUUUAGAGCAAGCAAAAUCAAAACGUGAGCUAGAAGUCUGCGUAGAGGGCCCUUUUGCUGGUAUGGAUGCUGAAGAGAUUGCAAAGAUUUGUGGAGAAGAGUUUGUACCUGCCUCAGAGAAGUUUGGCUUGCUUUCACAGGAGGAGUUUGAGGAGUCUGAGAAGAUGGAUGGCUUUGUGACAACCUCAAGGGGGAGUGACCCAAGGGGAAGUGAUCCGUUUGGUCCUCCACCAUCCCUCCGCGCGUCUGCCACUGAUUCCACCCAUGGUGCUAAUGGAAUAGGCCAUCCCAGUGCAGCUGAGAAUGGGGAUGGUACCAAAGUGGACGAUAUUGAGGGGGAUGAUGAAGAGGAGGAGGAAGAUGAGGAAGAGAAGGAGGAUGACGCCCCGGAUAAGGAAAUUAUUUUCUACCCACCGGAAGAGGAGGAGGAGUCAUCUCCUGAAAGUCUCAAGUUCCAAGUGACCGAAUCAACCAAGAGCCAUGAAGAGUUGGCCAAGCGACACAGCAGACAUAAAUCCAAAGAAGGAAGUAAAGAGACUAUUAGCAGUGCCCCAACACCAAAUAAAGACUCGGGUGUGUCUGCAACUUCCAGUACUGAUGGUAAUGAGGAGGAGGAUGUUGAUGAGAGCGAUGAGGAGGAAGAAGAGGAGGAAGAGGAGAGAGGGACUGUUACUCCCACAGCCUCACCAAGGCGUAGCAAGCUGACUUCAAUUGAACCUCCCUCUCCGACCACCACGCCGGACGAAGAGAAAUUCCUGCAUAAUAAUUUCAGUUUUGCCGAGAAGGAGAAGAAUAUAGGGGAUUUCACGGAGCAGGAGAAUUUCGGGAAAUGCCUAGAGCAGCUCCAGUCCAAGUUCUCGGACGAAAUCAGCUCCGGGCGGCUCAGUAUCUCGUCCCGCUUCCUCUCCAGGUCGCAACAUUCCAUAGCCAGGGUGGCUCCAAUGAUGUCCCAGACUCCAAGUGCGGGUAUCAGUCCAGAAGAGUAUCUAAGAAGGCGCAAGGAAGAAGUAGCCAGAGCGGUGGAAGAAACCAGGAAGAGAUUAACAUCACUUGGAUGGAACAUGGGAGAUAAAAAGACUGCCAAUGUCCCAACUGCUGCAACUUCAGGCCCUGGUGGUGCGAAAGUGAAACCUGCCAUACCUCCCCGCCAGAGUAAACCUGUGCCAAGAAAGGUAGACCAACCUCUAACAGAACUUCCUUGUGAUAAAGACACUAGUGCAACCCCUGUUCCUGUCCAGACUGAUUCAGUACUAAACAGUAAAGACAAAAAAGAUGAUGCCUCUGUUGAGGAUGCCUCUUUGAAUGGCCAUUCAAUGUCUGGGGAUGUUGGUGUGAAAGGACAGACAGAGAGCAUCCCUAAAGGUGGCAGUCUUGAUAAGAACCGGCAUGCCAGCAAGGAGAGCUCACAUGAGUCCAGCCCUGAGACGUCGGGCAAUGCUAAGGACCAAAAGACCAAGGAAAAAUCCUCAGACUCUGUAAAAAAUGUCAAGAACAAUGCUUUGGACGAAGCCCUCGAUGAUAUCUUCAAAGACAACAAGUCUCCAAAGCACCUGAUCAGACAGACAUCGGUGUCUUCAGAUGACACCAGCAGCAGCUGUGACUUUGAGGCAGAGGUAGAUUCCAAUAAGGAGAAUGUGAGCAGUGUGGCCUUGCUGAAUAAAAAGAAGCAUGGGGAGGAAGAGGGUUCAGGAGUGCCCAACACCAAGUCCAUGAGCGGAGGUGACAGGUCAAAGAUCGCAGGCAAGAAGACCAACAUGAGGAGGGUUGCAUCCUUGACUGACCUUAGGAAGGAUAACUUGGACAAGAACGAGUCCUCCCCCACCCUAACUCCACCGACCCAGUCAUCCCAUGCCAGAAGUUCCAGCUCAGAAAGGGCAAGGAAACAGCAAUCCCCCAGCGACAGCCCAGCUCGGCAAAAGAGGAGGGAGAAAGCAGAUCGAAUGCUUCCCCUGCUCCCUACGCCAAAGACACGGUCUUAUGAGGGGCGAACUGAGAGUUCUAUGGCCAAAGUGGUAAGGAGGAUUAGCGAGUCGCCACCCCCUUCUCCAAACACAAGGCGAAAGAAGAUGAGCCUUGGUGGAGCCACCAUCAUGUCAAAGAGUGGUCCUUUGAAGGCAACAGAUUCGUCUUUAAUUAGUGACACUAAAUCAGAUAUAGAUCUAGAUCUUAAUAGUGAAUCAUCUUUUGAAAGCUCGAAGGCUAGUGAAGAUGGCUCCAGCACAACGUCAAGAAAGACUGCAUCAUCGGACAAACUUGCAAUGCCUCCACCAACGUCAACUCAUGUCAGUAAGACAAAGGGGAAGAAAAUGUCCAAUACCAAGAUGGCAGAUAGAGGUAGGAAGAGGAGUUCGUCGGUUACCCUUACCCCAGGAACAUGUCGAGGUCGCAGGUCAUCGACCUCCUCUCUUCCACCAUCAACAUCGGAGAGCAAAGCAAAAUCUACAGACUCAAAAUCAAAGAUUCCCAUGGUAAAUGCGAAACCUGCUGUACCCAGCAGAUCGCCAAAGGCCACCACCGAUUCAAAGUCUGAAAUUAUUCCAAAGCAACCUGCUAAAAACGCAAAAGACACACACACUGGAGAAGGUGUGCAAGCUGACAGCAUCCUUGCUGAAUCAGAGUCAAGUAAAGAAGCAAGAGAUGUGAACAAAUCUUCAGAGACACCAAUAGGUAAUGAGAAAACUGUUGAAGUUAUGAAACAGGGAGAGGAAGAUGAAGAAAAAGAAUCAGAUAAGAGCAGUGGUGUCAGUGAGGAUACCAUGGUACUAGAGUCCACUAAAGUGAGGACAACAUCGCCGCAGGAGGGAGAUGAGCAGAGGAAACCUGUGGAAGGCCUCACUACCAGUGGUGGAAAUACACCUGAGGAGGUUAAAGCCAUGAGGGCUGACUUAACAAUAGACCUGGAUGAUAUUACUGUGGAUGGGACAGAAGUAGAUCCUGGUGUGGGACUGAGAAGGAGUGUAGAUGCCAUGAAGAAAGCCUUCGAUCAAUGCAUCGAUUAUGUUUCAUUGAUUGAGAGGAAAGGAAACCACUGUCAAGACUUAAACUAUUUCAGUUCAACCUUUGCCAAUAUGGACAAAUCCUAUGAUACCAGGGUACUUCAUGUCGUCCGUCGAAGCAACAACGCCUCCCCGGAAAACACACUCUCCAAUGCCAGCGAGGGCUGCCUCAAUAUCGAUAAUUCUGGACAGUUCACAGAGACAUCCCGAAGUCUGCCCUCGUUGUCAGACCUUAUGGGUGGUCCAUCGGUUGAAACGAGGGAGCGGUUGGACAAGAGGUCGGGAUCAUUGGAUGCAUCUUCACCUCAGGCUCUGGCUAUGCUACAGCAUUACUCUGACAUGUUGGUUAAUAUGGUCAGAUCUAAGAUGGAUGAUAGUGAGGAUGGGCUGUUGAGCGGCAGAAGUCGGAUGUCGUCGCUUGAUCUUGAAGGAGAGGACUAGACAUUCACACACUAGAUAAUGAUGCUUUUGGAGGGAAUUCAUUGGGGAGAGUUCUAAACUUCAACACAAUAUAAUCAAUAACUGUUUAGAACCUGGCCAAUGAUAUAUUAAUUUUUCGUUGGGCCUAUCAUGUGAUUAUAUAGCUGGCCUUGCUGAACUAGUUCCAACCAAAUUUGUGCUGUUGGUGCUUUUCAUCAUGCUUCUCCGAGAUAUGAUAUUAAAUAUGAUGAAAUGCAGAAUCUGGGUUUGUUUAGGGCAUUACAUGUCUCUACUCUACACACAAGUGCAAUCAGUCAGGAAAAUCAAUCUUGAAUAUUUUUGAACGUUUUGUAGUCUCCCACAGAAUCAGAAAGUUUACUGCCCACAACUGUGAGUCAGUGUGUUGUAGAAGAUAGAGCUUCAUAUCUUAUAGCACUGGUAUAUUUCAUUUUGGGUUUAUGUGUACAAAUUGUGGAGUUCCCUUUCUUUGCUGGACUUCUUGUGUUUUUAUGCUUAAUUUUUAUGGCAGAAUUAGCAUUCUGAAAAAAAAUAUUGACAUAAACUAAAAAAUCAAAGGUAAUGACCUAGAGAGAUUGUCGGUAAUAUAGACGACCAGAAGUUGACAUAUCUAAAUUUGCAUAAUAUUUUUGAGUGGUAUAUGGGACUCAAACAUUAACUUUUGUGAGUUUGUUAUCAGCAUUCUAGAUGAUGUUUAUAUGCAGAAUGGGAGUUGGGGCAACCCUGUUAUAAAUACUGAAAGCUGGGUUUGUUAUGCUCCAUUAAUAGAGCUCAUACUUCUGAUAAAGUAAGUGUUAAUACGCUGUAUAAAGCAAGUAUUAUCACCUAACAUGUUUUAGAAUGUGCAUUCUGCCCCAAAAGAAUUAAUCAUGAACACAGCGUUAUGUCAUCAAAUGUGCAUCACCUCAUUGUUCAUCUCUGGAAAUUGCUUGUGUAAAUAUUUUGUUGCCUAGCACAUCACGACAUUCCACAUUCAAAAUGCACUGUUUUUCUGUAUAUAUAGAAUGUGUAUAGAAUAUGACAGAAUGCUAUAUUUUGGCUGUACUAUUAUCACUGCUUUGUGCCCUCAUCGUGUAUAUAGAAUAACUUUAUUUUGAGAAAAGAAAAAGGAUACAGUAUUAUUUCUUGUAUUUUUCCAUUUUCUUUCAUGAAAAUGUGCUGAUUUGGUUGUUUAAGAAUAGAUCACACUUUUCCCCUAUUAUGUAAUUGUUGAUUAUAUAUUUUUUGUUUGGCUCUUCCUUAUUUUCCUCAUUGACAUGUACACAGAAAUUGUGGUUGUAAAUAUUAUGAGCUAAUGCCAGGCAUUUUGUAUUGAAAUGUGUUCAUGUAGCAUUUUCUAUUCUGUGCAAAUUGUGCUGAUAAAAGUGAUAUGAUUGAGAUUUACAUGAUAUUGUGUUUCAUACUGCAAUGUUGAAGUUAAUAUUAGAGUACUUGAAUAGUAAUAAAUUAUCAUUUUGCAAUGAUUAUGCAAGCAAUCUUAUUUUUCCCCAUGAUAUGCACAUUUGUGUAUUCCACUUUGAAAUAAAAGUUAAUUAUUCAUUCAUGCUGAAGAAUUCCCCUUAUUAAUUUUUGUCACUAAAACCCAUGGAAUAGAGUAUGUUAUUCCAUUGACUAUUUGAAUAUACUUAGUUGCAAUCUUGUGAUAAUCUAUUUUGAUAUAUCAAAAGAAAAGAGCAAUGAGGAAAGCAACAAUAGCUUUAACCAUUUAUGAAAUACAUCUGGAGAUCUUGCAGAGACACAUGUAUCUUUCAAGCCAUGAGAAAUAUCGAUACAAAUGAAUUUAUCAAUUAAAAUACAUAAAUGACUGGUAUGUUAUUCUCUCUGUUAAUAAAGUGACAAUUAAAAAAAAAUUGAAAGAAAUGGACUUGAUAACUGAAAAUGUAACUGUAAAUGAUACAUAUCAGAUAGAGAAGAAACCAGAGGCUUCUUAAAACCUUUCUAAAACAGUGCGACAGAAAUCUCUCAUAUUUCUAGAGUUUUCUGACUUGAUUAGUAAAAUUUGCCCAGAGAAUAGUUUGUGUGCAACCUACAUAUAAUUGUUGUUGAAAUUGUCCAAAUUUGCAGAGAGGAAUAAUGACAGUGUAUUUUUUUUUCAAGUUUUUGCAGCUAAGAGAGAAUAAAAAUGUCUCCUGCUUCCACACAUAAGAUGUUUGUUUAUAUUCACUUGUAUUCAGUUGGUCUACCAAGGGAUGGUGUUAAUUCUCAGAUUAUCUAACAUCAUCAAGGCUAAAGACACUUGAUCAGUUUAGUCCAAUUGUCACUUGGGCUAAUUGUCAUUUAGUCUAAUGCCCAGGUGGUUUGAUUUUUUUGCACUUUGUCAAGGAAAAUUUGGUUCAAUUCAUCUAAUCAUAUAGACUAAGUUGUGGAGAAGUAGUAAGAGGUAUUUUCUUCUGGGUUAUACUCAGUUGUAUACAGCAAUUGUUCCUUUCUUUAUUAUUAAAAACACUUGAAAUGUAAUGCAGAUUACCGUAACUCUUUUGGACAUUGCUACAGCAAUUACAUUUUACGGACCUUAAAGCCUUGUGUGGGAAAUGGUCUCUAGACUAUUUGGUGCUUCCUUUCUGUUCAUGCAGUAAUCCUUUGUAAAAUCUUGUGCAUCGAGUGUAGAUAUCCAUGUAAAUAUUAAUCACCCCUUAUUUGCAUAAGUACAAGAAAUUAAUAAGGUGUAGUUUAAUUUUCUGUGUAUUUGAUAUGCUGAUUGUAGAAUUAAAGCUCAUUGUGAAAGAAACAUGAUUUUUAAACACUGCCUUUGAAAAAAUGAAAUAUGGCAUAUGAAAUUGCACUUGCUCAAAGAAGGGUCUUAUACAGCUUUGUUGUUGACAUUACCAAUAUGAUUUUUUUUACGAGUUAAGUGUUAAUUAUUGCUCCACAGUUGCAAUAUCUAUUACUGUUAUCUGCACAUGUUUUACUGUGCAAUGUAUUUCCCUUGAUAAAUUUAAUGAAUUUAGACAGAAAUACUGGGGCUAAAUUUCAUAUACACAAUGAUUUAAUCAUUGAAAUAAAAUGAGAAUGCAGCUUAAACUCAGUGUGUAGAGAUUUUUGACACUAUUGAAAUUAAUUGAUUAAAGCAAGGUUCUUCUUUUAUUGGUGUUUGAAAACAGAAUAAAACGGGGCCUGAAAUGGACCACUUCUGCAGAAUCAGAAUUGUUAUUUAAAUUUUGUUUAUACUGAAUUUCCACUGUAUUCAAUAUUUCAAAACAUAAACACAAAAAUGUAAUUAAGCAUUGGUGACUUUUCUUUUAGAGUGAUAGCAAUUUGGUCCUAAAGUAUGGCAUGUACAUCCGACCCAGAGUCUCCCCUCCACUGAAGAGUUGAGAGCAUCCACGUUAACAACAACAAAAAACAUGGAAAAGGGGUUGUUUUUCAGGGGGUAGGCGCAGAAUGCAAAAAGAAUGUGUCAAAAAUGAAAAAAAGGGCUCCCUCACUGACGAUAUCCUAAAAUGCAAAAACGAUAUGUAAUUUUCACUGACUGCGAGACCUACUGUAUCAAGAGCCAUGAACAAAAAAUCCUUUACAUCACCUAAAAAAAAAGCCAGAUGAGAAGGGCAAAUUCAACAUGGAAUCCCAAAUCCCCAAUACAUUCGCACAAUGUUGAAAUGGGAAUAUUCAAAUAUUUUAUGAAAUCCCUGUUCAGGUUGUGCAAAUAUAGGACAUCUGCACAAAAUUUGUGUUUCAGGUGUCCUAUUGGCCUGCCCUGGAAUCCUCAUCUAGAGUGCUUUUUUUGGGACAAUUCUUGCGGAUGCUGUCCACUUUUCAUUGAUUUACAAUUUACACAGUAUUCAUUUAUCAUUUGUUUGUAUCAGUCAAUGAUGGAUUGCAAAAUCUUGCAGCAAGCAAGCAAAAGCUUCAAUUUCUCUUAUUUUUAUGAUGCUGUAUUUGUAUUGAUUUGAUCCAAGAUUAUUGAUAAAGCUUUCAUUCCAAGCUGAA